AUGCCCGCUCUGUCUGCAGAUGCGGCUGACACCAUCAGCCUUGUCCGUCAGCUGCAGCUACUUGACGAUAACACAAUCCGCCUACUGGAGCAGCUCUUCACGAAUCGGCUGAAUGGGGAGCUCGUGACGUCGCUCGUCGACAACCGUGAGGAGUCGCUGGCGGUUGCGCUGUUCCGUCUCUGUGCCGGCACCCAUGCCGAGCACAUCUUAGGGUACUCCUUACGCUUCUUAGCGGACCUUGUGUACGCCGACCGCGAGAUCGGCGCACAGCUCGGCCGUGGCGAUCUCGUGAAGGAGUUCGGCGGUCAUCCGGCUUCUCUGCUGCUGCAAAUCGCGUCGUCGCACAGCGAGAGUCUCGGCAUCGCGAACCCCGCCAUAUACCUGGCCGCCACCGCGCUCCGCUACGGCGAGUACGAGGGCAACGAAACCGCCUUCACGGACUUCUUUGCGCUGGCUCGCCACACCUUCGCCCCGGAAACGCUGCAAGUGACCGACGUUGCGUUCACCGUGCAGGCCUGUGUGCAGCUCGCGCGCCGUAAGGACUUUCGCCCGCUGUUCUUUCAGGCGAACCUUGUCUCGUGCAUCCCGCACCUGCUCACGGACAUCGUGUCGAGCGACUCUGCUGGCAUCAUACAGGUCAUUUACGAGACACUGCUGCUUUCCUGGCUGCUGUCUUUUGAGUACGAGGGACUCGUACUGCUCGUGCGCGAGCGCAUGAUCCCGCAGCUGCACCGCGUUCUGCAGCGGGUGCAGAAGGAGAAGUGCGUGCGUGUGACGCUCAUGACGUUGCUGAACAUGGUGGAGGCGGAGCGGAAGUAUAUGAACAAGCUGCUCAACCCGUCGUCAGAGGAGUGGGUGGACAGCAAGAUCUUCCAGUUGGGUCGCCUGCACCAGAGCGAGACGCCGGGGCAGCCCAUGAGCACCUUCAAGAAGGGCCCCUCCCUGGUGGCCGAGAUGGUCAGCGUCGGCAUGAUAAAGACGCUCUCGCAGGUCUCCCGCCGCAAGUUUGGCGAUGAGGACAUCAACGUCAUGGUGGAUCAGCUGAACGCCGCCCUGGAGAAGUCGAUGCAGGUGCUGACGAGCUUCUCACAGUAUCGCGGCGAGGUGCUGAGCGGCGUGCUCGAGUGGACGCCCGUGCACACGAGCACCAAGUUCUGGAAGGAGAAGGCGGUGAAUGUCGAGGACAACGGUUACGAGGUGCUGGUGGCGCUCGGCAAGGUGCUGCGCGAGUCAAAGGACGAAGUGACACUGGCGGUCGGCUGCCACGACCUCGGCGAGAUCAUCCGCUACCACCCCACCGGUCGCAACCUCCUCACGCUAGCCCCGAUGGCGGGGGUGAAGGAGUGUGUGAUGAUGCUCAUGUCCCACCCGAACCCGGAAGUGGCGAAGGAGGCGCUGCUGUGCACGCAGAAGAUAAUGGUGCAGCGCUGGGAGUACAUGCAGACGGCGUGA